AUGAGUUGCGCAGAAUUUGGAGGAGCAACCAAGUUUGAAGGCAACCAAAGUGACUACAACGAAAAUCAAUUUCCAGAAUCAACAAAAGCGAAGUUGCGUUCUCGAAGACACAUCCCACCAAGAGCGAAGCCAAUUCAGCCAGCAAAGCCCCCAGUCGCAGUGAAAAUUCCAGCAGCUCCAAUCAAACAAGAAGCCAAGCCUACAGCUACGAGUAUAUGGUUGAUUAAGGCAUCAUCACAGCCAUUAUUUGUUUCCAUCCAAACAUGA